AUGAAUGGGUGUCAAACACAUGUUGAUGACACUGAAAAUCUAAAGACACAUCGAAGCAUAUUGGUUGGAAAUAUACAUGUGUUUUUUAACCCAAGUCGUGGGGAUAUUAAGCUCGGUCAGGUACGAUUAUUUCUUGCAAAGGCUCAUAGACUUUUGGAGACAUGGGGCAAUAUACCAAUUAUACUUGGUGGAGAUUUUAAUAGUAUGCCUCAGAUGCAGAGUUUUAUUUACUAUGAAUCUAUGAUGAAUAUCAAUUUAAACAUCCAACACCAUGAACGCAAAAAAAUAUGUGGGCAGAAUUGUCCAUUACAUUACCCAACAUUUCAGUGUCAUAGUAAUUAUUAUUCUUCUAGGUGGAAUAAAGAAGAAAUAAGGUUAGCAACAGGAACAAAACACUCAACUUACCUUAAACACAAACUAAAACUCAAAAGUGCAUAUCAUGGAGUUCCUUGUAAUUAUGCGACACGUUUGACAAGAGAUGAAUAUGGAGAACCCUUAGCAACAUCUUUUCACUCCAGAUUUAUGGGGACAUUUGUCAAUGACACUAUCAUUGACUUUUAUGUCAAAUACUUGAAGAACAAAAUCAGGCCUGAAGAGAGACAGAGGUUUCAUUUUUUCAAUGUUUUUUUCUUCCGGAAGCUAGCUGACCCAGAAAAAGAACCUCUAGAUGCCCUUGAAGGGAAAACAGCUUUUCAACACGUAAGAAAGUGGACAUGAAAAGUUAAUCUUUUUGAGAAAGACUUUGUCUUUAUUCCUGUAAUUUACAACUAUCAUUGGAGUCUUAUUGUGAUGUGUCAUCUUGGGGAAGUUGCGAAAUACAAGGAUGAAGAAGAUGUAACUGAGUUGAUUAAAGUGCCAUGUGUUCUGCAUAUGGAUCCUAUCAGAGGUAGUCAUACUGGUUUGAAAGGUCUUAUGCAAAGCUAUCUGAAAGAAGAGUGGAAAGGGAGGCAGUAGGAGGCAUCUAAAGAUAUAUCAUCAAGAUUCGAUAAUCUACGCUUUAUUUCACUUGAGUUACCACAGCAGCCGAAUUCAUUCGACUGUGGUUUAUUCUUGCUCCAUUAUGUAGAACUUUUCUUGGAGCAAGCCCCGAUUAAUUUUAAUCCAUUUAAAAUCACAAAAAGUGUCCACUUUCUAAAUACGGAUUGGUUUCCACCUGCUGAUGCAUCCUUGAAAAGGGUGGUUAUUCAGAGACUGGUGUAUGAUCUCCUACAACAACCUUAUGAUGAAGCUGAAGCCUUUUACAAAGUAUUUUCCCAAGUAAGUGCAAAAAGAUUUCUUUUGGCAAAGUUUCAUAUCAAUUUUGAUCCUUGUGUUAACUUUAACAACCCUUUUGUUAAAUUAAUAAAUAUGACUGUUUUGCCCUUAUCCGAUUCUUGGAUUUUAUAUUUCAUUGGAUGCUUGCAGCUUUGA